AUGUUUCUCUUGUCCUCUUUUCAUCACCUCUUUACCUGGUUAUCUGCCUCACGCCUAAACAUAGCUUCGGUCGUUUUUUUUUUUUCAUCUUAUCUUUCUGUGCAUUACUCUUUACUUCAGCUUUUCCCUUUCUUUCAUUCUUUCUUUCUUUCUUUCUUUCUUUCUUUCACUCACUCACUUCAUCUUGUACUCUCUUUUCUCGUACUUUCUUGUACUCUCUUUUCUCGACUCAGUUCCCCACUCUCUCAAGAAGCUUACUGUUUUCAAUCUUUUAUCUCUUCUCACUGUCUAUUUUUCUCUCCAUCAUCUCGUCUACUCUUUCUUCCUUUCUAUGCCUCUCUUCCCUUCUUGCUUUCUUUCGCCUCCUUCUCAUCUAUACAUCCCCACUCUCCCAAUAAGCUUACUGCCUUCAGUCACUUAUCUCUCCUUUUUUGCUAUCUCUUUUUUUUCAUUUAUCUGCUUCUUUCUUGCUUUCUUUCGCUUCUCUUCUAUCUAAAACAAUCAUCUUUCUACCUCAAUUCUAUUUUCUUGUCAUCUAUCUCCUCUCUUUCUCCUUUGAAUCUCUCGCUCUCUCUCUCUCUCUCUGUCUGUCUCUCAGUCCCUGUCCGUCUCUCUCUUGUUCCACCUGACCUUCUGAUUGACAAACAAAAGAAAGGUGAAAAUCUCACCCAUCUUUCUGCAUACGAUUAA